CCCGUGCAGUAGUCAUACCAGUAGUACACCAUUGAGCUCAGCCCGCCUGCUAAGCUGUAAGGACCUGAUCCAUAGCAACCUGCCUUAGUGCCUCCUGGACUGUGGAAGCUUGCCACCAGAGAGAGGAAGCUCCCAGCUCAGUUCCGGCUUGAUUUCUCUAUUUCUUGCAACCAGACACUUGGCUUCCUGUGGUAUACUGAUGAACAGAGCGCUUCCACCGCAUGCCUCAGCUCGGCCUAAAGAGAUCCACGCAAGAACAUUCUUCAAGAUGACUGUGCCACUAGUAAAUAAACGGAAAGAGUAUUCAGAGAGAAGGAUUAUCGGAUACUCAAUGCAAGAAAUGUAUGAUGUGGUAGCAGGAAUGGAAGAUUAUAAGCAUUUCGUCCCUUGGUGUAAAAAAUCAGAUAUACUAUCUAGGAGAGCUGGGUAUUGUAAAACUCAAUUAGAAAUUGGGUUUCCACCUGUUUUGGAGCGAUACACAUCAAUCGUAACCUUGGUCAAACCACACUUAGUAAAGGCAUCUUGUACCGAUGGGAAACUUUUCAAUCAUUUGGAGACGAUUUGGCGUUUUAGCCCAGGUCUUCCUGGCUAUCCGAGAACUUGUACCUUGGAUUUUUCAAUUUCUUUUGAAUUCCGCUCACUUCUGCAUUCCCAGCUUGCUACAUUGUUCUUUGAUGAAGUUGUGAAACAAAUGGUAGCCGCUUUUGAAAGAAGAGCGUGUAAAUUGUACGGUCCAGAAACAAGUAUACCUCGGGAGCUGAUGCUUCAUGAAAUCCACCAUACCUAAAAUGAAAUACGAACCGGCACCACCUUCUUUGACUCGUUUGUUCUGUUUAGGAAGUCCCUUUACUGUCUGUUCCGAAGUCAGAAAGCAUCUGUUAAACCUGCCUGGAUCUUAAGCCUGUUCCACUGAAAAUUUGUACAUUGAAUACGGACCCACCUGUACAUAGAAUUAUUUCUUCAAUCAAGUGCAACUCAAAGUAAUGUGUACAUUUGCAGGUUCUGCCUUUGUAUUAAUGGUGCCAUCACUGUUGCUAGGAUAUCCCAUCCCUCACUUGAGGGCAGUGAAACAACCCCUUACAUGAAAGGUUAGCUGAGGUAGAAUGUGUUACAUUAACCACAUCAUGUUUAAGUUAUUAGGUUCAGAGGAUUUGUAACUUAUUGUUUUGGGGCCGGCUAUACGGCUUAGGAUAUUUGAGUGAUCAUAUAUUUAAUGUUAAAACUUUGAUUUAAAGAACCGCUAAUGAAGUCUUAGCGCUUUGGGUAGUUUAAGUUGUUCUGCGAAUAGCAGUGGAUAAUUCAGUGUUGUUGGGAAGCUGCUUCCCAGAGACACGGAGUCGCUGUUUGUUUUGUUUUUCAUGUUUUUGGUGAGUGGUCCAGAGCACCAAGCUAAUUCCCAGACAUUCGAAACCUCCCAUUGGUGCUCGCCUGCACUUUGAGAAUGCUGAUGGCCCAUCAGGAUCUGGUCUGCCACGGUAGGCAGCAGGUAGCGACAGUGAUGGCCCGUCAGGAUCUGGUCUGCCACGGUAGGCAGUAGGUAGCGACAGUGAUGGCCCGUCAGGAUCUGGUCUGCCACGGCAGGCAGCAGGUAGCGACAGUGAUGGCCCGUCAGGAUCUGAUCUGCCACGGCAGGCAGCAGGUAGCGACAGUGAUGGCCUGUCAGGAUCUGGUCUGCCACGGUAGGCAGCAGGUAGCGACCGUGAUGGCCCGUCAGAAUCUGGUCUGCCACGGUAGGCAGCAGGUAGCGACAGUCGCCAGUCCCCCAGCACUGCACCCCCCGUUUUCUAUUUAUUGUGCGUGUUCACUUGCAAUGAUAUUCUAAACUGAUAUUUUUUUAAACAAAUCAAUGUAAGUACUGAAGCCAUGGCUUAAUAAAGUUAAUUUGUUUAUUUUUGUA